AUGCCCACAAUGGCUCCUGUGGACAACCCCGAGCUGGAGGACGACUCAUUGGCGCUGGGGUUGGCAUCGUUGCUGUUGGUGUUUGUGGUGGUGUUGGUGUUGGUGUUGGUGGUGUUAGUGGUGUUGUUGGUGGUGGUGGUGUUGGUGUUGGUGGUGUUAGUGGUGUUGUUGGUUGUGGUGGUGUUGGCGGUGGUGUUGGUGGUGGUGUUGGUGGUGGUGUUGGAUGGGGAUGCCUCGGAUGGGGAUGCCUUGGAUGGGGAUGCCUCGGAUGGGGAUGCCUUGGAUGGGGAUGCCUCGGAUGGGGAUGCCUUGGAUGGGGAUGCCUCGGAUGGGGAUGCCUUGGAUGGGGAUGCCUCGGAUGGGGAUGGCUUGGAUGGGGAUGCAUCGGAUGGGGAUGCCUUGGAUGGGGAUGCCUCGGAUGGGGAUGCCUUGGAUGGGGAUGCCUCGGAUGGGGAUGCCUUGGAUGGGAUGCCUUGGAUGGGGAUGCCUCGGAUGGGGAUGCCUCGGAUGGGGAUGCCUCGGAUGGGGAUGCCUUGGAUGGGGAUGCCUCGGAUGGGGAUGCCUUGGAUGGGGAUGCUUCAGAUGCUGGGGCUUCGGAUGCUGGGGCUUCGGAUGCUGGGGCUUCACACAAAAUUGCACUUACAAGGUGAGGAGAGGCAGUCCAGCAGGAGUGGCUGGAAGCGUGCCGGUGCUCCUCGAGGUAAAGAGGCGACCGUUGAGGUGCCUAAGAAGCCAGUUCCUCACACGCUGCUCUUCCCUUCUCUGGUAGUUGAGCUUACAAGAAGUACAUCGCGCGCACUUGAAAGUGAGCAGUACGUCCCGUGGAGUGGAGAUGAGGGCAUGUAA